AUGCGUGAUAAUGCAUCUAUCGAAGAUCUAGAAUGGGCGAUCGGUCUAAAUCGCCGCAUGUUGAAAAUUGUCGGCUUGUGGCCGCUCGAAAACAAAGAUACGAAUGUCGCCUUAUUAUCGAAGCUUCAGCUGCUAUUCAACGUGGCUACUCUGAUCUUUGUACUGAUACCGGCUUUGUGGUCGCUGAUAAGAGUAUGGGGAGACAUGAUGCUGAUGAUAGACAAUUUACAAUAUACCUUACCGCUGCUCAUCACCGCAUUGAAAGUGUCCAUUCUUUGGAGCAAAAGAGAGGUUUUGAUGCCGCUGAUUGAUAUGAUCGCGAAAGACUGGAUGAAGGCGAAGCUGGAAAAGGAGCGAAACGUUAUGCUGAACCGCGCCAGGAUCACUCGGGUGCUCGCCAUGUGCGGAGGAUUCAUGAUACUCCUGACGCUGCUAAUCACCAUUAUUUUGCCAUGUUUCGGUCUGACACUUAGGCACGUGACGAACCUGACCGAUCCUGGAAAGCCUUUGCCGAUACAAUCGUAUUACUUGUACGACGUGUCCAAGAGUCCGCAAUUCGAGCUGAUGCUUCUGAUACAAGGAAUCGGGCUGGGCCUGUCGGGUCUCUCUUACACCGGAGUGGACACCUUCCUUGGAUUGUUGAUCUUGCACAUAUGCGGCCAGCUGGAGAACCUGCACGUUCGGUUAACAAAUUUGGGGGAGAGCUCGAAUUAUAAAGUGGCAUUAAAGUACAACGUCAAGGAUCACGUUCGCUUGAUCAGAUCCAUCCAAGUGAUCGAUGACACUUUCGAUUUAAUGUUGCUUGGUCUGGUAUUCUUCUUCGGUGUGUUAUUUUGCCUUCAUGGAUUCCUAAUAAUUAACGUUGUUAAUCGAGGUAAUGGAUUGUCAUUCAUGCAAUUAUGUUGGUUCGUUUCCGCCAGUGUGUGCGUUUUGUUGCAUAUGUGUCUCUACUGUGCGGUCGGUGAAUUCCUGGUGACGCAAUCUGAAAAAGUAAAUUAUGCCACAUAUCAAUAUGUAUGGUACACUAUGGAACCGAAAGCAGCAAGGAAUUUAGUAUUAAUCAUGCUUCGCGCAAAAAAACCACUUCACAUUACGGCGGGAAAAACAUUUCCCAUGACAAUGGCUACGUUUUGCAAUUUAUUAAAAACGUCGGCAGGUUAUAUAUCCGUGUUACUUGCCAAUCGAGAUUAAUAACUAUGCAAUUAAGUCUUAAUUGAUACAAUUUAGAUAGCCAAAACCUGCAAAAGGAGAUUUUGCACAGUGUUUGCUACUAGCAAGCUGCUGCUUUGUUAGCAGUUUACUAGUCAAAAUAUUAACAGGAUCUGAUGACAGAGUAGGAUGACAAAUUGACGAUACAAAACCAAGCAGAAUCUGUCAUUCCAAAAUAUUAUAAAUGAAACAUUGCAGAUCUUCUGCUUGCUUUCCGCCAAUUUGCUAUCAAAUUCUAUCAGCAAAUUCUGUUGACAGAACACAAAUAUAAAUGUUUAUAGAUCUGCCGAUAAACCCCGAUUAUAUUUGUCGCCAAUCUGUCGGCAAACUGUUAACAGAUUGCUUACUUGCAAUAAUAUAUUGCAGUUAAUAUAUGUUAAAGUAUAAUUAUUAACUAAUACCUGUUGCAAUAGACACAUAAAUGUAUAUGUAAAAUAUUUUAAAAAUGUAUUUUCUUCGUGUCAUACUUUUGGAAAUAUUUGAUCAUUCUUAUAUCUUAAUUAAGAUAUAUUGAUUACGAGAGCAGAAGGAUAACAAUAAAAAUGCAUCACAAAAAUAUAUUGGUAUACAACA